GCGUCCGUCUCCCGAACCCCGGAACCACGGGGCCGGAUGGUGGGCCGGUCGGAGAGGUCCGUCGAGGGAGCCGUUCCCCCGCGGCGCUCUGGGUCGCGGCGCCAUGAGGCUAGCCUUCCGCGCACUGGGCGGCGCCGCCGGGGUCGCCUGGCGAGAGAGCUUCCCCCUGGGCGGUCGCGACGUGGCGCGCUGGUUCCCGGGCCACAUGGCCAAGGGGCUGAAGAAGAUGCAGAGCAGCCUAAAGUUGGUGGACUGUAUCAUCGAGGUCCAUGAUGCCCGGAUUCCACUUUCAGGCCGCAACCCUCUGUUUCAAGAAACCCUUGGGCUUAAGCCUCAUGUGCUGGUCCUCAACAAAAUGGACUUGGCGGAUCUGAAGGAGCAGCAGGUGAAGGUCCCUGUCCCGGGCACCUCCAGCACUAGGGUUGUGUCUAGGGUCACCCUUGCAAGCAGACUCUGUGUUGAUUCACUCAGGCAGGCUUGCUUUUUAGCAAACAACCCUUUGUUUGAGGAGGUAUUCCCGCCUGAUUUCUCAAAAGCACCCACACUGGCCAGUUCCAUGGCCUUCCAGACACCAAGUGCGCUGGAGGCCCAAAUUGAGCACGAGCUCAUCUGGGCCUUCAUGGGUUUCCGGCUGUGUCGUUUCUUCUUCUGUAGCUUGUGUGCCAGGCUUCUGUGUUCACUAUGUCCGACAGCCCCUUUGCAUCCCACAGGGAAAGCUACCAGGGUGGGCGGCGAGCCUGGGAUCACCAGAGCUGUGAUGUCCAGAAUCCAGGUGUGUGAGCGGCCGCUGAUGUUCCUGCUGGACACUCCUGGGGUGCUGGCUCCUCGGAUUGAAAGCGUGGAGAUGGGCCUAAAGCUGGCCCUGUGUGGAACCGUGUUAGACCACCUUGUCGGGGAGGAGACCCUGGCGGACUACCUUCUCUACACCCUCAACAGGCACCAGCUCUUUGGGUACGUGCGGCACUAUGGCCUGGGUGGCGCCUGUGACGACAUCGCCAGCGUGCUGAAGCAGGUGGCUGUGAGACUGGGGAAGACGCAGAAGGUGAAAGUGCUCACGGGCACGGGUGACGUGAACGUCAUCCAGCCCAACUACCCUGCGGCAGCCCGAGACUUCCUCCAGACCUUCCGCAGGGGGCUGCUGGGCCCAGUGAUGCUGGACAGGGAUGUCCUGCAGAGGUCCCCCGUGGCAGAGCCCUGAACUGGUCCAGUUGGCAGGGGCCUCACUCCUGCCUGGCCCUUGGCACCAGAGAUGCGGGGCAUCCCAGGCCCCAGCCCAGAAUCUGAUGCUGGGCCUCCCUUUUCCAGAAGCUCCAUGCUGGGCACCAUCCACUCAGGUCUCUACGCCGGGAAGGAACCUGUACCUCCUGCUGCCCCACAGCCUGGCCAGCUGUUGUUGGGGACUGUGCCUGGGGUCUGGACGUCAGGGCUGACGAAGUCCCUAAGCUGUCCCUGGGUGUCUCAACUGUGCUGAGUAUCUCUCAGGGGGAAGAUGAUGCUUUCUCAGGAGGACGUGAACGUACAGUCUGCAAUUUAAAAAUCUCACGAGGCCAGUCUCUGCUGGUGGCUCGUUUGCCGUGCACCAGGAGCACCUUGGGCUCACAUGUUAACGUCUCUCCAAAACGACACAAAAAAUGGGAUAUGAACUGCUUAGUGAGUAAGGUCUAUGUAUCGGGGCCUUGGUGGUACCCUGGGUCCUGCAGUAAAGAAGAGUCUGUUUGCCA